AUGUUUUACUUUCAGGGUAAAAUUUUGUUACUAUUUCAAUUAUUCAAGUACCCUAUCAGUUUAUAUUUGAAGCUUUGUAUUUGGGACUGGAUGCCAACAAGAAGUCCUAGCGGAAAAUGAUUCUGAGUUGCAGCACACAUCCUCAAUUUAUUAGACCAUAGGUAUUUGGUUUCAAUGGGAUCCAACAUUAUAACAGAUGAAGGGAUUGCAAGGAUACAACCCUCAUUAUCAGUUGUAUGUCGAGAAGAACGAGAUCUAAGCAACUACUAGUGCUGCAAGGAUAUUUCAAGAGUUGGAAUAUCAAUAUUUUCUUAUUUAACACUAUGCAUUUCAAAGCUACUCAUCAGCACCUUAAAAUGCUUAGCACCAACAAAUCGAAAGAGUUUUUAGUUUUAGACUUGACCCAUUCUUGAUGGAAGGGAAUUGGGGUUUUCAUUGUUUUAGCUAUGAUUCAACAAGCAAGGAAUAUAAAGUUUAUCUUUGGUUUGCAAAGAUAGGAUCUAUGACUGAGGACUUUACUUUCGAAUCAAAAGGAUAUAACUUGGAGAGGGAUCCAGGAACAAAAUACACGUAUAUGGUGGGCGACAUAUAGACCCUCCCUUUUGGUUAAGUAUAUCGAAAGAUGGAAGAAGAUGUGGUUCUGUAGAAGUUUCGAGGUCUGAGAAGUAAGCUUUAUUUUAGUGACGUUUAUUUGGGAACAUUGGCAGACUUUUUAGCAUUAGAUUAAUUGAGUUGCCAAAAGUAUAAUUAUUGUAAUGCGAUGGGAAUAACAAGAGCGGUUGUUCCUUUGAUCGAUGGAAUAACCUCGAACUUCCCUCAAGUAUCAGUCUAAAACUAUAGGGAAGAAAGAUUCAGUUUUUCAGGAUGGAUUAAGCUAAAUAAGAUGUAUGGUGCAUCAUAGGAUAUAACACCAAUUAGAGUGGCUAUCUACGAGUUUUACUCAAAUGAUUAUAUCUUGGGAGACAGAGUGUUUAUGAUGAGUUAUCAUUAUGAUCCUGAAUACCUAUCGAAUUCGUGGAUUAAAAUUGAUACUUAUUCAUAUGACUAUCCCUACAUAUCGUUUUAUACGACCACUCUAUUUGACACCUAUACAAAGCAAGGGUUGAGUAUGUAUGAGUUGAUGACCAAAUGGCAUUACUUUAUGUUUGAAGCAGGAGUUCAAUCAUAUAUCUCUAAUGUUAAUGUUCGAGUAAGGGAUGGAGCAAUCUCAGAUCCCAAUUAUUACAACAUAAAGUAUAAUUAUUAAAGAAGGAAUCAAUUCAAAUAAUCCUAAUUAAUCGUUAAUUUAGGAGGAGAUAAAUUCAGUCCCAGUCCUAUGAAUGGAUUCAUAGCCAAUGUGGCAAUGGAGUAUUGUUAUUCAAGUGAUUAAGUCUUUGAGUUCAGUAAACAUCAUAUUUUAUUUUGAAAAGGAUGCCAUUCGAUUUGCUAAACCUGUUUUGGUCCUGAUAAGACACAUUGUCUAAGUUGUAAAGAUACCACUACAAAGGUGUUGAAGAAUAAUUAAUGUUUGUGUAUACGAAAUUAUUACGAAGAUGAAAACAAUGCUUGUCAAAGUACUUAUUAUUUAAUCUAAAAUUAUAGCUCACAAUUCAUAUUUGGGAUAACUUCAAUUAGUGUAAACUAAUAUUAAUAAUGCUUGCCAAGAAGAUCAAUUUUUGAUUCCAGGAGAGAGUUCAACAAUUUGUCAGAAGUGUCCAUCAUCCAAGAGUGAUUUUCAAAUAAUGUGUAGUGAUUGUUUAUUGAAUCAAAAAACAUGGUAUCAAAACCCGAUUUGCUCACAAGAUUACAUCCAAUAUGAAGAAGGAGAUGUAUUCGAUGGGGGUAGUGCUUAUCAAUUGAUGUAAAGGGAUAAGAUUGAUUAAGAUUAUUAUCUGAUUGGCAAGGAUGGUAGUUUGAGUCUUUGUGAGGGUUGUUUGGGAGUAGUAACAGAUGAUAGUCAAUCAUAUAUACUGUAAUACUAAUUGGAUAAACUUACCAAAAUCUACUGCAAACCAUGUCAUUAAGUAGUCAAUAAUGCUUGUGUGAAUCUCAAUCUUAAUUGUCUUGAAUGUGACGAUGACUUUAAAUGUCUGACCUGUUAAUCAGACUUUAAAUUACUGAAUUCAGAAUGUAUGAAAUGUCCCUCUCUUGAAUGUUCCACAUGUCUAAUUAGUUAAGGCCAGGUGAAAUGUGCAUCAUGUCCAAGGGCUGCAUAUCUUAAUAACGGCACUUGUGUGAAAUGCGGUCAAAACUGUUAAAUAUGCGACAUUGACAGGUGUUAUAGAUGCGUUGACAUUAAUCAAUACUAUCUCUCACUUGAUGGUUUGAAUUGUUAUCCAAAUCCUAUUCCUAAUUGUUUGAUUGCAUUCGAGAGAGUCGAUGGUCAAAGAAUGUCGAGUCUCCAAUACAAUUACCCUCUCUUGCAAAGAGAUCAGACUGCAGUUGUUGAAUGUGCUUUGUGCAAAUCUAAUUAUAUCAAUAAAUUGACCAGUUGCUUAUAUCAGGAUCAAAUGGAUGAGACUGAAUAGAGUCUCGAUAUAAAUAAUGAUGGUAACAUCCUCUAAUUAGCCAUCUAAAUUUCUAAAGCUACUUAAUGCUAGAAUAUUGAGACUAAAAAUAUGAAAAUUGAUUGUCAAAGUCCCUGUUUUUAAUGUGUUAAACAAAACAAAUACUUAUUGGAUGGAUGGAAACAACAAUUAAUGCCAUUCUAUCAAUCCUAUUUCUCAUCCUCUAAAUUUAACACUGCCACAGAUCCACUCAAUACCAAUCUACUCUAUAGUAAAGAUGAUCUUCAAAUACAUUGCACUUCCUGUCGAGAAGGAUAUGAAUUAUAUAUCACCUAAUGCAUCCCCAUUUGCUCAUCAAAUUGUGAAUGUAAAAUAGUCAAUAAUCAGAAUGUGUGUUUUAAAUGCAAAUCAAAUGAAAGAGGUCGACCAUUGAGUCUCUUUAAUGGUUAAUGCAUAGAAUGUCCCUAUAAUUGUGCUCACUGCAAAAUAAGGACAAAGGCAGAGAUCAAAUUGAUUAAUCAGUACUUCGAUCCCCAAUAUUCCGACUUACAAAUCUAUGGGCAUUAGUGUCUCCUCCCUUACUCUGACACCUCUCUCUACUAUGAUAUUGAUAUAGGUGUGUACGUAGAAUGCUCCUCUUCCCUUUGUGAAAACUCCCUUAAGAUACCCAUCAAUUAUUAUUGCGACCUCACUAGCUACAAUGCUGCCAAAUCCAGUUAUUCAGGCACUCUGGAUGAGUUCCUAAAAUACAAUGUUCUUCUGGCUGAUUAUGAGUCAUUCAAACCCUUUUAUGAGACCUAAUUCUUUUACUUGAUCAUGAAUCAAAGGACUCUGAAGACCAUAUCUUUCGAAGUCACUUUAAUAUCAAGUAAUGCAUAUUGUGAAUUACCUAACAAUUUUACCUUAGCAACCAAUUUAAGACGCAACAUCUUUACUUUAAUCCACCUUCCCAUAGUACUCAAAAGCAAUGUCAACUAAUUACAAUUAUUCACUAAAACCUUUUAAAUCAUUGGAUACUCAGAUGUUACGAUUAAGAAUCUAUAGAUUAUUAAUUUCCCAUUAGCCGAUGUUUCGAUCUUUAUAUCUGAUAGCUUCGGAUUUGUUGUCACAAUAAAUGAUCUGCUUUUUAGUUGCUAGAAUGUUAAACUAUCGGUUAUCAUAAACAAUCCAAAAUCGAUUAAAUGUGAUUCACUUACAUUUAAGGAUAUGAUAGUUACAAAUACUUACGGAAUAUUUAUGUAUUAAGGAUUAGACAACGAUAAAAUUGUACAAGUGGAAUUUAUAAAUGUCAAGGUUAUCAAUACAAUCCUCAAGAACUCUUCUCUUUUUGUAUUGUCACUUUUUGAAACCUUUUAAAAUUAGAAUGUAAAAUUUACUACCCUCUUGGUUCAAGACUCAUAAUUUACUGAUUCCACAAUCCUAUAAACCAACUAUUAAACAUCAACAAGAAAGGCUGUCGUCGAAUUAAAUCAAUUGAAAACUAUAACCACAACAUUUAUAUCAUCAAUAUUUCUCAAUUUUGAAGGGUUCCUCAAUGUGAAAUUAAGAGAUUGUUAAUUGGAUCAAAGUGCAUUUAAAGAUGGUUCAAUUUGGUUAUUGCUUCCAUUGUUUUAAUUAUAAAAUGUCAAAAUAACAGGCAAUACUCUAGAAACUUCAAAUGAUAGAUUUAUUACAAACAAGGCAACAGUGGCAUACUCAGAUUCUGAUAAUGAUCAGAAUUCCAUCCAAAUUUAAAACUUACUUUUUGAGAAUAAUCAAUUUGCAAGUGGCAAAGCAUUUAUUGAAAUCUAUUAGAAUGUGUUUAUUGGACUAUCCUUAGAAAUUAGUGAUUUGAACAUCCAUUCGAAUUAAUUGUUUGGAUCACCUAGCAAGUAUAAAAAUAGAAAUGUGGUUUCUGAAAAUUCAACAAUCUACCUGGACGUCUACAAAAUUUCACUAUAAAAUGUAGAUAUCAUAAGGAAACAAUCCUUUCCUGAAUUGGCAAUCCUUAAUAGCAUAGAUGUUCAAGUACUAAAUCUAAAUGCUCGACAUUCUGAACUGAAGACAUCCUUCUUGCAUAAUUCAUACUCCUGUGCAUAAAAGUCGAUCUUCGUGUAAGGAUAUACAGCCUUGAUGUACAUUUAUAAUGCCUAGAACAUUAAGUUUGAGAAGAUAUAUUUGAAUAAUUUAAGAAGUGCCAAUUUGCCCUUUAUUUUUAUAAAGUCUUCAGAUAAAAUGAAAGUGAGAUAGAAUGAAAGUGUUCUAAUCCAGAACAGUUAUUUCUCUCAAAACUUGCUCCUCUUGACUGCAAUCAGUGAGUAAUAGGCAAUCAUUCAAAUUAGUUCAGAGUAGUACUAGAAUGUAAUCAUAAGAAAUGUCACUUUCUUUCAUAAUUACUAGCACAGCUACAUCCAAGACUUAUCGUUUAUUUCAUCGUCUACUAUCCUUUUUUCAAGUCCCUAUUCAACCAUAAGAAUAGAGCAGGUAACCUUUGAAAGGAACAUGAUAACAAGUGGAUAGAAUUCCAAUUUGGUGUUAAAGUGUUCUACUAUUAUAUUAAUCAAUUGCAGUUUCUUGUAAUCCAAUUUGCCUCCUUUGGAUACCAUUUAACAGAACAUCUACUGGGGCAUCAAAUAGGACUAAGUGUUAUAUUUUGAAAAUUACACCCAGUCCUUCCCAAUCUAUUCUCAAGGAGGCAGUGCAUAUUUAUCUGCAAAUUCAUUGGUGAUUGAGAAUGUGUUGGUUUUGGAAUCAAGAUCAUAGAAGGGAGGAGCCUUCUUCAUAGCACCUGUGUAAUACGGAGUUAUUAACAUUUAAAACAUCACCUUCUUAGAUUGCAGGGCCAGUUUGGAAAAAGUAUCAUCUGCACAAGGAGGGACAAUCUAUAUAGAUGCCUCCUUAUCUCAAUUAGAUAUAACGAUUAAAGAUGCUGUGAUAACCAGAAGUUACAGUAGAAGAGAAGGAGGAGUCUUUUUUAUAAAUCCCUCCAAAACCAAGAAUUCAGUGAGGUUGAUCAAUAUUGUGGUCAGCGAAUCCUAUUCACUGUUUUAUUCAUUUUUACGGAUCCCCCAAACUUCAAGUGCCGAUGUAUACAUUCAGAAUUUUGUUGUAAGAAACAGCUAUUAAGGAUUCAAAGAUUAUCUUGGAUUACUUUUUUAUUUAUCUGAGAUAGAAUUGAGUACGUUUCAAAGUAGUUACUUAAUUUCUUUGAUGGGCAACAUUACUAUUGAAAUCAGCACUAUUUCAAAUCAAUUCAGUGGAUUAUUUGAGAUUCAAUCAGGAUAGGCAAUCUUUAAACAGAUGAGCAUUUCGAAUUGUUUCCUGUAUUCUCAACCAUUGAUGAUCUUUACUUCAGUGAACUUACUUACUUUCUAGAAUGUCAGAAUGUUCAAUAUUUCAAAUCACUAAUAUGAUGAAGAGCCUGUUGAUUAAUUUGAAAUAACUUACCAGGCAUUAUAAAUGGGUUGCACUCAAGAAACAUCUAAGCCUUCCUAUCUUUAUGAUGCCAUAAAUAGUUCAAUUAUAAAUUAUUACGGAUAGGAGAAUAUCAAGAGUAUUAGUACGAGUUUCACUUAUCCCACUUGUUUGAUUCAAAUAGAUUCAAUAGAGAAGGAUUUUAAGAUCACAUAUAAGGAUAGUCAAUUCUCGAUGUUAACUUGUUCGAAUUGCUAGAAAGCUUUGAUACUCCACACCUUUAAUGCCUAUUAUAAUCUGGGAGUUAACAUAGUUAAAAUUGAGAAUAUUAAAUUCUACCAAAACAUCUGCGGAUACAGUUGUUUUGUUUUUCUUUAAGAGAACAAUAAUCGAUUGCUAUCUUUAACCUCCUCAUCUAAGGAAAAUAUCAUCUACACAGUUGCAGUCAGAUCAAGUGAGUUUCUUAAUAAUGUUGGAUAGAAUGGGGGAGUAUUUUAUGUGGAUGAUAUCAAUUUCCUCAUUGAUUCCUGUAUCUUAAAUUAUAAUCAGGCCUCACAGUCUGGAGGCGUUGUUUACUUCAUUUCUAAAUCUGCUGCAUUCAACAUCUAUGAUUCUGAUUUGACAUCCAACUCAGCCUAAAUUGGAGGGGCAUUCUACCUAAAUAAUUAUACUCUCAAUUCCCCAGACAGACUCAAUCUACAUCUUAUAAACAACAGAGCUAAUGAUUACGGGAAGAAUUACGCUGAAUAUCCUUCUUAAUUGACAGUAUCAUUGGAUGGAGAAAAGACCCAAUUAGACAAGAAAGUGAUCUUCUCCAAUUCCACAACUAUUAUAGAUCUGAUAACAAUAUAACCCUACUCUUUCAACAAUUAAACCAAAGACUUCAUCGUGUUACCAAGUGGAUAAGCAAUACGCAAUUACAAGUAUUACAAUGAGACUACCUAAUAAUUUGUGUCUUACAAUUUGACAUUUCGAAUAUUGGCUUUAAACAAGCAAAAUAACAAAAUUCAAAAUUUACAAGGUACAAAAUGCACCGUCAAGUCUUAUCUUGUCUCUAAAGCAUCAUCUAAUUAAGAGAGUCCAAAAGUGUUGUCAGAUGCUAAUACCACCUUCACAAAUCUAAAGGAAGUUGCGUUUGAUACAGAUAAUUAGGAUUAUAAUUUAGAUGAUAUGAUUAUUUAUUUCGACCCAACCAAAAAUUCUGAAUAGGUCUUAUAAUUGGAAUUCUUUUGUGAUUCAGUCAGAAUACCUCAAUUUGAUCCAGAACCUCCGUAUUUAUUAAACACUUUGAUAUAAGACUAUCGGUUGAGAGUAAAUGUCUAAUCUUUCGAUUGUCAAUUGGGUGAGCAAAAACGAUCUGAUGAUGGUACAUGUGUAGUGUGUGAUUCAACACUCGAUCAAUAUUCAGUACAGGCAGGGCAACAAUGUUAAACCAGAGACUCAAUAUCCACAGAGGCAGUGACGUCAGCAAGUGUGAAAUUGAGACCUGGGUUUUGGAGACCUUACACUUACAGUGUUAGGAUUGAGUACUGUUUGAAUAUGGAGAUCAAUUGUGAAGGAGGAUGGAUUCCAGGCAAUCCUUCCUGUUUCACUGGACACAUUGGUGCAUUGUGCGAAUAAUGUGAUGUUUAUAAUAUUGAGGGUAACGGAUCUUGGUCAAUGAGUGGGCAAUACAAAUGUGGUAGUUGUGAUUCUAUUGGUGACAACACUAUCAAAGUGGCAUUAGUAAGUGCUUGGACCAUUAUAUCCAUUAUGUUGUCAGUCAAGAGUACAAUGGAAAUGGUUGAAAACAUGGUCAUGGGAAAGAAAUUGUAGAAGUUUUAUAUUGAGAAUCCUAAGACUGGUUAUGGAGGUAUUCUCAUUAAAGUGUUGACAAAUUAUUUACAGAUCAUAGGUGUUGUGGCUACAUUCCAGCUUUCUUUGCCAAGUGCUUUAUCUGAGGCAUUCAAGACAGUGGGUAGUCCUGUGGAAUCCAUGAGUUAUUCCCUGGAUUGCUUUCUGAUUCACAUGUCGAAGAUUGACAUUCUCUAUUUCAGAAUGAUUUGGGCUUUGAUAAUGCCUUUGAUCUACAUAGUCACAUUCUGUAUCCUUUAUACUUUAGCCAUCAUUGUUAGGAUUGUUAUCCCUAACAAGAGUGCCAUCACUACUACUCUAAUUUAUUUGUUUACAUUCCUACAACCUACCUUAUUAGGAGGGUUCAUUUCUUUGUUGUCCUUUAGAUAAAUCUCAGAUAUCUAUUGGAUCCAAGGUAAUGUCUCUUACAGAUAUGAUACAAGCACUCAUGUGGGAUGGCUAAUUACCUUUGUUCUACCAUCGGCUUUGAUGCUUGGAUUAAUCAUACCAACUUACCUGUUUCUUAGUUUGUACAAAAUUAGAAACAAAUUGGAUGAUGAGAACAAUAGGAAGAAUUGGGGUUAUCUCUACAAUGAAUAUCAACCCAAAGCAUACUUUUGGGAAAUCGUUAAGGUCUAUCAGAAGAGCUUCAUCAUCACAUUUCUUACUUUCUAUGAAGACUUGAUCAUUAUUAAGGCAGCUCUGGUAUUUAUUAUAGUGUUCAUCUACUCUGGAUUAACCAAAAAGUUUAGGCCAUACAAAUUACCCUUUCUCAAUGAAAUCGAUGAUGUCAGUACUCUAGUGUGUGGAACUUCCAUUGUCUUGGGGAUGACUUUGUAUUCAGCAAAUUUAACCAACAAUCAAGAGAUUAUUUGGCCCUUCUACAUUCUUUUAAUUCUAAUCAAUGCAGCAUUCAUAUUUGUGAUUCUUUGGGAAAUUCUGUGGGCCAAUCUUGAAAAUCAACAAGCAGCCUUGGACAAAUUGAGAGACAAACUCAAUGCCAAAUUCCCAAAUUUAGUUAAUAAAAAUUGGCUGACCAAAAGACUAUUCACUAAUAGAGGAGAACAACUUAAGAGAAACAAAAGAAGAUGGAAAAUGAUUCGCAAUUACUUGUUCGACAUAAUAAAAAAACAAGGAUUAGUUCAAACUGAAGAUAAGUAAUUUUAAUAUCUAAAUACUUUAGUGAUAGCAAAACAGAUCAAAAAAGUAAAAGUUUACCAGGCAUACCCAAAUACUAUAAUAAAAUCUAUCCCGAAAACUUCAUUGAUCAGUUUGGAUCAGAUAUAGAAAUGUCAGUUUGA